AUGUCCAACAUUAUGAACCCUAUUGAUGACCCAUCAUACAACGUUGACGCGACUGAGCAAGCCUUCGGAACCAAGAGCAUGGAGUCAAACCAUAGUGCCGGGUCCUUGGGACACGCCAAUGCCAGCCGCAAUUCUUACAGUAGCAGCGCUCAGCCCAUGGCCUUCGACAAGCCACAGAGGAGUAGUAUCGACGGUGUUCACCCCAUGGCGGGUACGCAGAGCUCAUACAACGCUUUCGGUGCCUCGACUGCUCGACCUUUGAGCCAAGAAAUGUCUAAUUCAAACACUGCAUCGCCCAAUGUAACCUUGGGGACAGAGAACGGUCAAGGUUUUCAGGAAAACAUCCCACAUCACCCGGCACCACACGGCACUUUCAGUCCAUCGAUGAAUCUCGAUAAUGGAGCCACUCAAUCCACCCCUACGGAUAGAAUGCUCUCCUCGACAAGCCCUCUGGGGUCCCUGGCAGAGGGUACCGAUAUUGCACGUGCGAAGGCCAACCGUGGCAGUGUCCAUGCGGCGCAAUACAAUACAGAUCCGUCCGCAGAGAUCAGCGGUGGAGGUCGGCAUACCUCAGGCCAACUAUCGCCUUCGAAUGAGCAUCAUCUAGAGCACAUGUCGAGGAACACUGAUAGCUCACGGGCGGAGAUCAAUCGUGGCGGGACCCAGGCGGGACAGGUGGGAUACCAUAAGGCCGUGCCAGAUGAUGGUACCGCCGGCCUCAAGUCGGGAAACACUGCCUCACGCGUAUCCCAUAGUGGCACCGAGUCGCAGAAGCACGAUGCCACUGGCGAUGCAGCAAACGCAUCAGCAGGGAACAAGAAAGAGCGCAUGGAAGGAACGCUGGACAGUGACCUCAACGGAGAGAAAGUGAACGGUAUCGCUGGCGUGAUUCCCAUCUCUGGCAAUGCUGGCCCAACUACCACGAAGACAUUCGACCCACAUGCCACAGUGGGUGGCGGUAGCCGCCACAACAUCGACACUCGGUCCUCUACUGCUGCAGAGCCAGGGAUUGGCGAAAUUGAACCCAGUCGAGACAAUCGCGCCCAUUCUUCCGACAUUGCUGGUAGCAGCUACAACACUCGGGGCCGUGGUUCCGCGCAUAGUACGACAGAACCCGUCGACAGCCAAACCCCGGGGAAGAAUAGCGCCGGUAUGACGUCGGGUUUGGAGGGUUCUGCACCUUCGGGGUCUCAACGAGCUGCAUAA